AAUCAGCACCAUGACUACCCUUGUGGAUGCAAUCAACAAAUUUGCUUUUGAUUUACACAAGAAGAUUGACGGCACUUCGGGGAACAUCUUCUUCUCCCCCAUGAGCAUUGCAGCCGCUUUGGGCAUGGUCUCUCUUGGAGCCAGAGGAGACACUGCUAAGCAGAUGGAGAAGGUCCUUCACUUCAAUGAGGUCACUAUAUCUGGAAGCUCUCCAGGCUCGGCUGAAAAAGAUACACAGUGUGACAGACCGGGAGGACCACACAUUCAAUUCAAAGCGCUCUUAGCAGCUAUCAACCAUCAUGACAAAAAUUUUGAACUGAGCAUUGCCAAUAGGCUUUAUGGAGAAGAGAAAUACACAUUUCUACAGCAAUUCUUACAUUGCACGAAGGAGAUGUACCAUGCUGAGUUGCAAAAAGUGGACUUUGAGAAAAAACCAGAGGAAGCUAGAAAUGAGAUUAACACUUGGGUUGAAAAGCAAACAAAUGGUAAAAUCAAGGACCUGAUGGCCAGUGGAUCUAUUGACACAACAACUAUCUUGGUCUUAGCGAAUGCUAUAUAUUUUAAAGGAAACUGGAAGUCCCAAUUUGAUAAGAAACUCACCAAGGAAGCACCUUUCUGGAUUAACGAGAAUCAGAGCAAAAAUGUGCCAAUGAUGAAUAUGGAAGGUGAAUUCAAUGUGGCCUAUAUACAAAAUCCAUCACUGCAAAUACUUGAGCUUCCCUAUGAUAAGAAUGACAUGAGUAUGUUCAUUCUACUGCCAGACAAGAAAGAAUUACACCAGCUUGAAAAGGAACUCACCUAUGCAAAAUUUCAAGAAUGGACCAGUUCAAAAAACAUGCAGAAGCAAAAGCUGGACAUUUAUGUGCCGAAGUUCAAGCUGGAAGAAACUUAUGAGCUCAACAAACUUUUGGUAGCUUUAGGAAUGACUGAUGUGUUCACACGAGGAAAGGCUGAUUUGUCCGGCAUGUCAGGAAGCAAAAACCUGUUUGUGUCCAGGGCCAUUCAUAAAUCUUAUGUCGUGGUCAAUGAAGAAGGCACAGAAGCAGCAGCUGCCACUGGGGUGGGCUUUUCUACCACAAGCAUGCCAAUGCAAUUCAGAGCUGAUCACCCCUUCCUUUUCUUUGUAAGAGACAAGAAAAGCCAGAGCAUCCUAGUUUUGGGCGGGUAUUAUUCACCUUAACAGGUGCUUAAAUGAUCACAUGCAUGCCCUUUGCAUUUGUUGCAAGCCCAGGGUGUUAGAAGUGCCGAAACAAAAAUCAUAUAUUCUACUUUCUGUUUAGCUAAUAUUUCCGGGUUUUCAUCUCCUAAAAAAAGUACAAAUACCUAAGAUGGACCUCUUUCAGCUUAUGUAGGCAGACUCACUUUAAUGUACAACAUGGGGCUUUAAACAGAGGAAAUGGGGAGAGGGAGAUAAGGAGGGAG